AUGGGCUUCAAGAAAGCUUCUUUACAGAUCUUCUUCUCCUCCUUCUACAUUAUAUCCCACGCCUUCCUAGUCCCUCCGGCGACGUCGUCAUCUCCCACCGCCGCCACCAAUGACAGCAGUGAAGGCGGCGGCCACUGGGUUCUCCUGCACCGAAGCAUAGGCAUUUCGGCCAUGCACAUGCAAGUGAUGAGGAACAAUAAGGUCAUCAUCUUCGACCGCACCAACUUCGGCCCCUCUAAUAUCUCUCUACCCAAUGGCCAUUGCCGCUUCAACCCUCGCGACAUGGCUCUGAAGGUUGACUGCACCGCACACUCCGUCCUCUACGACAUUGCUUCCAACUCCCUCCGCCCCCUCACCGUCCAGACUGACACCUGGUGCUCCUCCGCCGCAGUCGACCCCUCCGGCACCCUCAUCCAAACAGGCGGCUUCAAUGACGGCUACAACAAACUCCGCACUUUCACACCCUGCGACGACGACCGCUGCGACUGGAUCGAGCUCCCUGUUCCGUUAAGCAACAAUCGCUGGUACUCAUCCAAUCAGAUUCUCCCCGACGGUCGCAUUAUCAUCGUUGGUGGUCGUUCAGCUUUCACCUACGAGUUUGUCCCCAAGAAUUCAGGAAACAACAAUGGGUCUUAUUACUUUAGGUUCUUGAGAGAAACGAGGGACUCCGGACCUGGAGAAGAGAAUAAUCUUUACCCCUUCUUGCAUCUCUUGCCGGACGGGAAUCUCUUCAUCUUCGCCAAUAAACGAUCCGUUUUGUUCGACUACAUCCGGAAUCGGAUCGUCAGAGAGUACCCUGUUCUACCCGGUGACGAGAAACGUAACUACCCCAGUACCGGGUCGUCGGUUUUACUCCCCUUAAACUUAACCGGUUUGGAAGACACGACCAGGUUGCCCGACGCAGAGGUGAUGGUGUGUGGCGGUGCUUUCCCAGGUUCGUUUCCUAUGGCUGCUAAGAAGAGAGUAUUUGUGGAAGCGUCGAGAAGUUGCGGGAGGCUCCGGGUGACCGACCCGAAUCCUAAAUGGGUCAUAGAGGUUAUGCCCCUGCCCCGGGUCAUGCCCGACAUGUUGAUAUUACCCACCGGUGACUUGAUCGUCCUCAACGGUGCCCGCAAUGGGACGGCAGGGUGGGAGAAUGCCGUGAACCCUGCAUUAAACCCGGUUCUCUACAGGCCAAACGAACCCAACCGGGAUGGUAGAUUCGAGGUAUUGAGCCCCACAAAUACUGCACGGAUGUACCACUCGUCGGCGGUGCUAUUGCCGGACGGAAGAAUAUUAGUCGGAGGGAGUAACCCGCAUAGAUUGUACGACUUCAAGGCGUAUCCGCACCCGACGGAUUUGAGCUUGGAAGCGUAUUACCCGAAUUACUUGGACCCGAAAUUCAGUCCGCUGCGACCAACGAUUAUAGCGAUAGAGGCGGCGAACAAUAGGGCGUCUUACAAUGGGACCUUCUCGGUGACAUUGUCGUUGCAAGAGUACCACAGCGCUCGGGGGAUUACGGUUUCGCUGGUGGCGCCGUCGUUUACGACGCACUCGUUCGCGAUGAACCAGAGGAUGCUGGUGUUGGAUGUGGUAGUUAUGGAGCGGGUGGCCCCACAUGCUUACAAGGUUACGGCGCGUGGGCCCCCCUCCCCCAACUUGGCCCCACCUGGCUACUAUAUGCUUUACGUUGUCCACGCUGGAAUUCCUAGUGUUGCUGUCUGGCUUCAGGUCAACUGA